CCUAAAGCGGCGAGUGCGGUGGCCGCCACGACCCAGACAUCUGGGAGUGUUGUUCUCUCGCGGCGGGACCUCGUCAGUCCGUUUGCCCAGAGAGACCAGGACCUGGCCUAGUUGGAGAGUCAGCAGGCACGUCCCCCACUCUCCUGCUUCCCCGAAGCCGCGGCAGGAGCUGGUACAAACGCCCUGCGGUUGGUCUCCGAUGCCCUUCAGUGAGGAGGGGGCGUCGGGACCCUGGUGAGCGCACGUCUAGCCCCUCCGGCCCUGUGUCUUCGUCCGCCGCCCAGGCUCGCACACCCCAUUCUGGUUGCCAUGGCUGAAAACGCAGAGGGGGACCUGAACUCCAACGUGCUCCACGCCCCCUACCACACCGGAGACCCUCAGCUAGACACCGCCAUCGGGCAGUGGCUCCGUUGGGACAAGAAUCCCAAAACAAAAGAACAAAUUGAAAAUCUCUUACGGAAUGGGAUGAACAAGGAGCUGCGAGAUCGUCUUUGUUGCCGAAUGACUUUUGGGACUGCAGGACUUCGUUCUGCUAUGGGGGCAGGAUUUUGCUAUAUUAAUGACCUUACAGUAAUACAGUCAACACAGGGGAUGUACAAAUACCUUGAGAGAUGUUUCUCAGACUUCAAGCAGAGAGGUUUUGUCGUUGGGUAUGACACCCGGGGUCAAGUAACUAGCAGCUGCAGCAGCCAGAGGCUUGCUAAACUCACUGCUGCAGUCUUACUGGCCAAAGAUAUUCCUGUGUACCUUUUUUCAAGAUAUGUUCCUACACCUUUUGUACCAUAUGCAGUCCAGGAGCUCAAAGCAGUUGCAGGCGUAAUGAUUACUGCAUCUCACAACCGCAAAGAAGACAAUGGAUACAAGGUUUAUUGGGAAAAUGGUGCUCAGAUCACAUCUCCUCAUGAUAAAGAAAUUCUGAAAUGUAUAGAAGAGUGUGUGGAACCCUGGAAUGGUUCCUGGAAUGAUAAUUUAGUGGAUACCAGCCCACUGAAGAGAGAUCCUCUGCAGGACAUUUGUAGAAGAUACAUGGAAGAUCUGCAAAAGAUCUGUUUUCACAGGGAGUUAAACUCAAAGACCACCUUGAAGUUUAUACAUACAUCUUUUCAUGGAGUUGGACAUGACUAUGUGCAGUUGGCUUUUCAAGUAUUUGGUUUUAAGCCUCCAAUUCCAGUACCAGAACAAAAAGAUCCUGAUCCAGACUUUUCUACUGUUAAAUGCCCAAAUCCUGAAGAAGGAGAAUCUGUGCUGGAAUUAUCUUUGAGACUGGCAGAGAAAGAAAGUGCCCGGAUAGUGCUAGCCACAGAUCCUGAUGCAGACCGACUGGCAGUGGCGGAACUUCAGGAGAAUGGUGAUUGGAAAGUUUUCACAGGGAAUGAGUUGGCAGCUUUAUUUGGGUGGUGGAUGUUUGAUUGCUGGAAGAAAAAUAAAUCAAAAAACGCUGAUGUGAAGGAUGUUUAUAUGUUAGCCACCACAGUCUCCUCCAAAAUUUUGAAGGCAAUUGCUCUUAAAGAAGGAUUUCAUUUUGAAGAAACAUUACCAGGUUUUAAAUGGAUUGGAAGUAGGAUAAAAGACCUCCUGGAAAAUGGGAAAGAAGUCCUUUUUUCAUUUGAAGAGUCUAUUGGUUUUCUGUGUGGAACUUCAGUUUUGGAUAAAGAUGGGGUGAGUGCAGCCGCCGUUGUUGCCGAGAUGGCAUCUUACUUGGAAACCAUGGAUAUAACAUUGAAACAACAACUGAUUAAGGUUUAUGAAAAAUAUGGUUAUCAUAUUUCAAAAACUUCAUAUUUCUUGUGUUAUGAUCCAACUACCAUCAAAAGUAUAUUUGAAAGGCUUCGCAAUUUUGAUUCUCCAAAAGAGUACCCCAAAUUUUGUGGGACAUUUCCUAUACUGCAUGUACGAGAUGUUACCACUGGAUAUGACAGCAGCCAGCCUAAUAAGAAAUCAGUGCUGCCUAUGAGUAAAAACAGCCAAAUGAUUACAUUUACUUUUCAAAACGGCUGUGUUGCUACUCUUCGGACAAGUGGGACAGAACCAAAGAUAAAGUAUUAUGCAGAGAUGUGUGCAUCACCUGAGCAGAGUGACACUGCCUUACUAGAAGAGGAAUUGAAGAAACUCAUUGAUGCUUUGAUUGAGCAUUUUCUUGAGCCCAGUAAGAAUGGCCUGACCUGGCGUUCUGUUUAGUGUACACCAGUACACUCAUUAAUUUUCCCUGGCAUAUGGAACAGAACAACCAAGAACUCCACACAUUGAACUCGUGUUAACAUUCUCUCUCUGUCUCAUCUGGCCAAGUCUGUUUGGUUUUAUCUUCUUUUAGGUGGCUGACUAAACAAACUGUAUAAAUUUGAAAUGAAAUGGUCUGGAGAGAAAUGUUUCAAAUUUGUUCAUAAUCUUGAACAAAAGUCAUUACAUUAAAAGUAUUAUGGUAAUACAUCAUUCUUCCUCCAACAGAAACAAAACAAUACUAAUGUGAGUUUUCUUGGGAAAGUGUGAUUAAGCUUACUUAGUUCCGUAUUCUUGUAAUUGUGUGUUGCAUGUUUUUUUUUUUAAGAGAGAUAAAUGUAGAAUUAGUUAAGGAAAUUAAUCUAUAAAAUUGGCACUGCUCCCAGAAAACUGUGGAGAAGUAUCAUAGUUAUAUCUAACUUACAAAUUAGAGUAUUUGAAGUAGGGUAUUUAACAUUUCUAGCUUAGAACAGAUGUUACAAUAUAUGGUUUCAGCACCUGUUUCAGGUGCUCUUGGUGCAGUGUAAAGUUAUUGUAUUUAGUUAAAGUCCUGACAUUUACUGAACAUAAAACAAUAGUGGCAACACUCCUAGUGGCUUGGUUCUUGUCAAAUUUCUCAGUGCCUUCUCAGGGUAUGGUUUGAAUUGAAAUAGUGUUCUUGCAUUGAAUGUAAUUUAUCAUUUAAUUUGCGAAUAGUUAAGGAAAACCUUCCAAACUAUAUAGGUGCUUCCCCUCUAUAUCAAAUAGGUUUGUUGAUUUUAAAAUCUUACGUAUGUGCACCAAAAUCUUAAAAGCAGGGUCAGUGUACCUGUAGUUAAGGAUAUUCAUAUUAGAAUUGUGUCAGUUAUCACAGCCUUUAAAGAAAAACAUCUGAACUGAGAUAGGAGCUGUGAAUUUAUUUAAAAGUAGAACUUUUAAAUUACAUUUUUAUAUUUCUUUAUCAAAUGAAAUAAUGCUAAUUUUACUAAGAAAUAAAACAUCCAGAUUUAAGAUAUUAUGCAACACUAAAACUACAUGUUUUAAAACUAAAGUCCAGUUUAUCUUAACAUCUUACUGACUUCUGUAGAAUUUCUGAUCACAAGAGUACUAUUUAUCUUUCUCAAUGUGGGAAAAAAUUUUUGGAAAAUCGAUUUUGCUUGAUUCUGUAGUCUUCUUAAAAAAAAAAAAAGAGUUAAUAGAGAAACACUAUUUAAUCUUCUUAAAGCAUACCCUGCCCUAUAGCUAACAGAGUACUUAAACGUAUGUGGUGUAUAGUUAAGAGAUAACAACAACAAGGCCUUAGGUGUACAUAAUCAUACUAAACAAAUUGCCUACGAGAGGUAACUAGUAUUAGAGAAUUUAUUUCCUAAAUAAUAAUAAUAAUACAAAAUUUGAACUGACUAGAAUAUUUAUUAAAUCAUAGUUUGGCUUACUGCAGCUGUUGACUAACAUUUGGUUAAACCCAGAUAAUCUGAAUAUAAUUUUCAAAUUAUUGUAUUGCCACUAUUGUUAAUUUGUUCCUUCCUUGCUUUCUUAUUGCUAAAUCUUGUAUGACUGUAGAUAAUACGCAACUAAAUGUAGAGAACCAUAUUUCUGAUCGAGUUUGUUUUCAAAGGCUUUGCACUGAAAAAGAAAUAUGUAGAUUGUUUUGCUUUAUUUGCUUUUAGGAAUGUAGAUUGUAAUUUAGGAAAUGACCUAUAUUCUACAAAGUGGUAUGAACAAUGCUUAUAUAUAUGAAAAAUAUGUAUAUUCGGUUUUAGUAUCUGUGUUUCAGUGACUGAAGAACAAAGUGGAGCUAAAAUGAUACAAUAGCUGACUUAUAAUCACUAAAGCCAUGUCAUACUGUCAUUCUAUUAUAAAGAGAACAGUUUUUAGUGCUUUAAUAUAAUGCAGCACUUAGGUCAUGUUAAUCACAGAGAAAAGUCAUUAAGGUUUGGAUUCUUAUCUCAAAAAUUUUAAAAUCCCAAGUUAAAAUUAACAAAACUUUACAGAUGUUCCUGAAGUGUAUAUAAGAGAAUUCUUUGAUUCUAGCCAAGUUCUUGAGUCUGUCUGAGCAUAUUUAACAAGAACUUGACACAGUGGGUGUACGCUUGCUUAGCAGGGUCAAUUUAGUAGCCCACACCAUCCAGGAGAAACAGAAGUGCUGACCAGUAGAUCUCAGCCUUAGAAUCUACACUGUUUAUCUUUUUCUUUAUGAAUAAUAUGGAAAUGAAUGCAUUCUUUUUCAGUGUGUAGAUCAAAACUGGGAUUUUCUAGAGAGGUGGAUAUAGUUCAGUGGUAGACUGCAUGCUUAGCAUGCACAAGGUCCUGGGUUCAAUCCCCAUACCUCCAUGAAAAAAAUUUUUUUUUAAACUGGGAUUUUCUAGAACUUUGGGAAAAGGAAAGAAUUAGUAGGGCAAGGUCAAAGCAUAUAUUGGAAAUAAACAGAAUAAACAGUAGAAAUAAACAAACAAUAGAAAGGUCAGUACAGCGGCACAAGGAAUGCUUCGUGUGAAGGGCAAACUUAACACCCGAAAGUAGGGAAUGGACUGGCUGUGGGCAAGUUGUUUACUUUUGUUUAUGUGUUGUUAUGACGAACAGAUAGUGAUGAUUUAUUAGUGACCACUAAAAAGAGGCCAAAGAGGCCUUUGAGGAGGUGAGAAAAAGUACCCCUCUUACUGAUUCAGUUCCUGCUAAGAUGCUGUGUUUUAGGAUCCAAUGGGAACAGGGGAGGGGAGGAUAUAGCAGAACUAAAAAGGAAUAAAAUAUAGAUUGGAAAAUAAGACCACUGAGAGAAAGUUCAAAAGAUUAAGAUCAUUUAACUCUGGAGGGGAGAAAGCUAUUGAGAUAGUUUAAUAAGUCUUGAGUUAUUAAUUGAAUCUUUUAUUGAAGGACUCAAAGUAAGAAGUAAUAUGACAAACUGUUCUCCGUCUCCAACGAAGACAGAAUAAGAGGUAAUAGAGACUUAAAAAAAAUUAAAUUAAAAAAUUUAAUAUUAAGGGAUAUACUAAAUGGCUUUUCAAGUUUCCUUCCAAUACUUUUUUUUUUUUAAUCUCAGGUUGGAGCAAAGAUGAUGUCAUAAAGAGCACUGAAAGUAACAUUUAAGUUUCACUCCAUGUCUAGAAGCGUUUAGCUCACAAGACAGUUCUUGUAUAUAUUGAGUAGUAGAUGCAUGAAUGCAGCCUUUAUUCACUGUAUAAAGACCUGCUCAAUUUAAUCUGGCAAACUAAGUGACACUUGAACACAGUUUUGUUUAUCUUGAAGAAUGUAUACCAUUAUAGGAUAUUUGAGGAUUUUGUUUUAAAUAAUAAAUUAUUGUUAUUUGGAUGUCAUAACUUCAGCUGACAGAAAGAUUCUAAGAGGUUGGAUGUUUUGGAAUAUCUUUACAUAGAGAAUAGACCUCCCAUUUCUUAAGCACGUUGCUUCUGGAAUUGAUGCAACAAAGGUAUUAGCUGAAGUUUAAUGGAGAAAUUGUUCUACGAACUGCUGCUAUCGGUAUUUCUCUCACCAUGUUUUCCAUUGAUGUUUGUGAUGCUUGAAAAAUCCAAAUUCUGCUUGGAGAAAUUUGUUUUAUGCCUUUUUCUCUCUACCUCCCUCUUUCCCUAGGUGCCCUCCUACAUUUUGUUACUGUGAAAAGCUAUUGCCCUAUUACCUCACUGAUAAGAAAUCUUAACUGUAUUCAUUCAGAAUGCUUUAAACUUAUUCCUAAGCUGUUUUGUUUAUGGACUUUUGGUUAUUUUGUUUUUACUGUGAGAAUAUUUAAGACAUUGUAAGAAGUAAUUUUAAAUCUGUUGCAUAAACUUUUUUCAGUCUGUCCGGAUAUUGCUAUAUAUUAACUUAUUAUGGCCUUUUACAAUUCACUUGUUUUCUGAGAUCACUCUAGAAACUGAUGAAGAAAGAGUCAUGCUAACCAAAAGGAAUGGUCAAUUGAUCUAGCAUUUUAUUUCAGAUUUUCUUGUACUUUGGGCAUCCAAAGCACAAGGUCUAAGGAAAUCCUUUUUCACAUCUGUCCCUCAAAGCAUUUUGCCAUAAGAAGUCUAAGUGGAAAGAAGAGAUUCUCUCAUUGUCUGACUCUUUACACAAACUGACAAAAACAAAGUUACUGUUUACCAUUGGUUACUUGAAAGUAUUCACCAUACUGUUGCAUUCAUUAGGAUAUCUCUUCUCUCGGUUAAUUCAAGACUGUGUACCUAAAAAAGAGAACAUACAAAAAUGAGUAAAGUGACCAAGAUAAGGGCAAAGUGACAUAUCUAAAGUUUGCUUCUCGAAUGUUUCCACCAGCAUAAUCCUAAAGCAGAGGAGCAGGAAUGUGUGGGGGAAGGGGCCUCAGAGCAAAAUCAAAAGCAGCCUGCCACUCGUGAAAUUUCCUGUCCUGUCUUAAAAAUGUAAGUGAAUUUUGCGUUCUCCAUAAUAAAACUGUUUUAAUAUAAAAA